CAAUCAGUUAAAUUUUCUUUUCAGAUCAGUAAUAAGUUUCGUUGUUUUGAUUAUCAUCUUGAGAAAUUUUAUAUUUUAUAAUAAUUAUCCUGUAAAUUAAUAAAAUUAUAUUAGCUAUGGGUUCUGAGAUGGAAGGAAUGGAGGAAAUUCUUCAUGAUUAUGUUUCAACGGAGGAUUUAAAAAAAUUUGAAGCUGUGUAUCAUUCCAACUUGCAGAAUGGUCAAGUCACAACCAGAGAACAAUUUGAUUAUGCUUGGUGCUUGAUACGAAGUAAAUAUGCGGCUGAUAUUCGAAGAGGUGUAGUUCUACUUGAAGAUCUUUUUCAAAGUGGUGAUGCAAUGCAAAAAAGAGAUUAUAUGUAUUACCUUGCUAUCGGGCAUACAAAAUUAAAGGAUUAUAAUAGAGCCCUCCAGCUGUUGUCAAAGUUUUUAAGUAUUGAACCAACAAAUAGACAAGCUCAGACUUUGCAAAAAUACGUCAAAGGCAAAAUGAAGAAAGAAGGCUUAUUAGGAAUGGCUAUUGUUGGAGGAGCAGCACUAGCAAUAGGAGGAGCAGUAACUCUUGGAAUGGCCCUGGCUAAGAAGUAAAAGCUCAGCUCCUGUCUGAAUGAUUAGCUGCUUCAACCAAAGUGAUGUGAGAUGAACAUUUGUAAAACUUGUAUAUUUUUAAACAUGUAUUUCAGAACUGAUUGUAUUAUAAUAAUUUAUCACAAAUAAAGAGAAUUAUUUCUUAAA